GAGUCUGGAGGUGCAGGCAGCGGAUAACGUGCUAAAGUGUCCUCACUGCUGCUCUCCUCCGCUCCGCAGCUCAUGGCUUCCUCGGUCUCCCUCCGUGGCGCCAUCCUCCAGCGCCCCCACCUCACGCCCCGCCCCGACGCCCGCCGCGCGCCCACGACGAGGCGCCGCGCCGUGCCUGCAAAGAUCUGCUGCAUCGGAUGGGACCCCGAGGGCAUCCUGGGCGCGCCGCAGGGCGGCCACAUCGCGCGCCUCGAGUUCCGCCGCCGCCUCGAGAGGGACUCCGAGGCGCGCGAGGACUUCGAGCGCCAGGUGCGCGAGGAGAAGGAGCGGCGCCGCAGCGAGCGCGAGGCGCGGGUGAUCCCGGACACGGACGCCGGCCUCGUCGAGUUCUUCCUCGACACCGACGCGCGCGAGAUCGAGAUCGAGAUCGGCAGGCUGCGGCCCAGGCUCAGCCAGGACUUCUUCGGCCACGUCUCGCGCGAGAUAGCGCAGAUCAAAUUUGCAGUCACCAGGACAGCGGAGAUGGAAGACAGACUGAUCGAGCUGGAGGCGAUGCAGAAGGUUCUUCUUGAGGGAGUUGAGGCGUACGACAAGUUGCAGAACGACCUUGUUACAGCGAAAGAACGGCUCAUGAAGAUUCUGCAGUCAAGUGACAGAAAAUCGACACUGCUGGAAAUGGUGGAGCGGAACGAGCUCAAUAUAUCCAUACUAACACUUCUCGAUGAGAACAUCGCGAGCGCGAAGACGAGUAAUCAGGAUGAGGCGGCCGCUUUCAUGGAGGACGUGAGGUCAUCUCUUGUGAAAUAUAUAACAAUAUAGAUCUGGGACGCUUUUACAUACCAAUGGUUCGUUCAUUGUUUAGGCAUGGUUCGUUUUUAGAAGUGUGGUUGCUGUUCGUUCAUUGAGAAAUAUAUAACAAUAUAAAUCUGAAUUAUUUCCGCCUGUUUGUAGUUGGGCUGCUUCCGUC